UCUUCGAUUGCAUAACUUCUUGGAGCUGAUUCGUCCCUUGGGAAUCGAGGUGUCACAUCGACGGAUCAACGUCGAUACGGUGAACGAGACCCUGGUCGAGCUAAAGGACACCGGGAAACAUAGGAUCAUCUGUGAUACUGGACUAGCAUUGACGAAUACUGUUCUUCGAACUUCCCUGGAUUUGGAGAUGGUUACUGCUUCCUUUCACAUGGUUUAUUUAAAUUUGGACUUUGACACCAUCGACACCAGUAACAUGUCCUUUGGAGGAAUGAACCUAACCGGCUUUUCUCUGAUCACGAACAAGAGUAGUGAAGCGUAUCAAGAUCUCUUCGGUGAUUGGUCAGAUAAGUUCAGAGACUCUCAUCCCACACUUGCGAAUUCCAAUGUAGGGUACGAGGCCAUCCUCGCUCACGACCUCUGCAGAGUAGCCGUAUCCGCGGCGCGUUCCAUCCACGAAAGCGGCAGGGAGUUACCGCUACCGAGGGUCAAUACCUACCACAGGUGUUUUAAACAAGUCAAGGAAGGCACCGAGACUGUUGCUUCAACGGUCGGACCGGAGCUCUUGGACGCCAUCAAAAGGACGGCAACGAAUCAAUUAAGUGGACGAGUUCAAUUCGAUGGAAACGGAUCACGAACCAACUAUUCCCUUCAAAUAGUCGGACUUCACAAUGGAGUUGUGGAGCAGGUUGGCACAUGGAGUCAGAACAACGACCCUCCAAUCUACUUCUUCGAUAGCGAGACACACGGCCGAAAGGGAAGCCACGACUACGACAACAGAACGUUCAUUAUUUCAUCAGUAUUGGAUGACCCCUUUCUGAUGAAUGUAACCCUCCCGGAUGGAACGAGUCGCUUCGAAGGAUUUUGCGUGGAUCUACUCAAGAAAAUCGUCGAAAUCUACCCGUUCAAGUACCGCAUACAGCUGGUCAAAGAUGGCAACUAUGGAACGCUACAGAGAAAUGGAAAAUGGGAUGGGAUGAUCGGGGAAGUCAUGUAUGGGACUGCUGAUAUAUCGGUUGCUCCUCUCACAAUCAAUACCGACCGGGAGCGCGUGGUCGCCUUCACCAAACCCUACAUGAGCUUCGGCAUCAGUAUCAUGGUCAAGAAAAGCAAGGCUCCUCGUCCAUCUGGCUUCUCCUUCUUCCAACCCUUCACCAAUGAGAUAUGGAUUUGUCUUGCCCUCGCAACGUGUGGUGUGAGCAUUAUUAUGUUUCAGAUAUGUCGCUUCAGUACCGCGGAGUGGCGAAUCGAAACGGAUAACUCAUCAUCUGAUGACGUAUCCAAUGGCAACAGAGCCACAGGGGCAGGCAAGGGUGUGAAAUGGACCAACGAUUUCUACGUCAUGAACAGUUUCUGGUUUGCCUUGGGCGCCCUCAUGCAGCAAGGAAGUGACAUUUUACCACGGUCCAUUUCUGGUCGCAUCAUGGGUGGGGUGUGGUGGUUCUUCACCCUCAUCAUCAUCUCCUCUUACACGGCCAACCUUGCUGCGUUCCUCACCACCCAGAGCAUGCAGUCUCCCAUCAAGUCUGCAGAAGACCUGGCAGCGCAGACCAAGAUUCAGUAUGGUGUCCACAAGGGUGGUUCCACAGUCGAGUUCUUUAGGGUAAGCAGGCGUAAAUCCAGCAGCCCGCUAUACCGCAAGAUGUGGUCUUUCAUGGCGAACACCGAGCCGUCUCCCCUGGCGGAGAGUACCGAAGACGGGGUGAGACGCGUCCGGGAGAGCGACGGCAAGUACGCCUACCUGCUCGAGUCCAAGAUGAACGAGUAUCGAGAGACCCAGAAACCAUGUGACACCAUGGCCGUAGGGGACCCCAUCGGCACGAGUAGCUACGGCAUAGCAGUUUCGAAGCACCUUGUUGAAUUGCAGAAGGAAUUGACGGUGGCUAUCUUGGAGUUGAGAGAAAGAGACACCCUGCGACGGCUGGAAGAGAAAUACUGGGUGAAUAGAUCGCAGUGCGUCAAAGACACCACAGACGCAACUGAGACACGCGCUUUGAACCUGGACAAACUUGCUGGCGUGUUCUACAUCCUCUUGGCAGGCACGGCUGUCGCUCUCCUGGUGUCCAUCGUCGAUCUCGUCUACCGGUCCAAAGAGCAGGUGCGCAAUGAACUCAGCUCGUGUGGGUUCCGAAGGAUGUGGCUCAACCUCCGUGCAAGAAUUGCACAUGAGAGAUUGGUAGCAUCCCUCCGUCGUCGCAGCAUGCCUGCUCCCACGAAAUCGCCCUCUGACGGCAUAUCAGAGACAGGCACUGAUGAGCUGUCUACCCCCGCCACUGCACAGAAGUCAAUCGUGCCCUCAAUCGCCUCCGAGGAAGGAAAUAUGAAUAGCGCCCUCAGUAAGAAGAAGUCAGGCAGUGCAGGAAGUGCAGUAACUCAUACCGAUGUUUGACAAUCCAAUAACAAAGAAACGACCAAGAAAUAAAUGGAGAACAUGACUGAAGUUAUCUCUGACAUGC